AAGUUACUAUUUCAGAAUCGCCAGAGGAAGUAUGAACCAGAUGACGUAAAGAGUUGGAAGAAUGCUUUGACAGAGGUGGGGAAACUAAAGGGAUGGACUCUCAAGGGAGAUGCAACUAUUGAGGAAUUCAAAUGGUUGAAGGUAUCCUCCUUGAUUGGAAGUUUGAAUCUGCAGCCAAAGAUGAUUUAAGCUACGAAAACUUUGUGAAGAUGCACAAUUCAAGAUUUCUCCAUUUUGACUUCUCCGAUGUUAAUGUCAAUGGGGAUUUUCCUCGUCUUCCUUCUAAAAUAAGAUGGUUUCAUUGGAACUCAUGCCCUUUGACAGUUCUACCAGCCAAUUUUUAUCAUGAAGAAUUAGUUCUUCUCGAGUUAUCAGAGAGUGAUAUCAAACUAGAUUGGAAUGAUAAACCUCAAAAUAAAAAUAAGCGGUUCCAAAAGUUGAAGGUUCUUAUUAUGUAUGAAUGUCGCAAUCUCUUUGACUCUCCCGACUUUUUCGCAUGGUUUCCCUGCUUACAAAGAUUGGAUCUUUCAUGGUGCAUUUCUCUUUUGGAACUCCCAGAUAGUAUUUGUCAAAUCGUUUCUCUCAAAAGUCUUAUUCUCGAUGAUUGUAAAUCAUUCAAUGAGUUACCUACCUCCAUAGGUGAUCUAAAACAUUUGGUUGAACUUUCCGUAUCGGGGACGAAGAUUAAAGAACUGCCUGAUGGUGUAGGGCAGUUAGAAAAGCUUGAGAAAUUAAAUGUCUCAUGGUGCUUGAAGCUAGGGAGGCUACCAACAUCGAUGGGUAGAAUGAGGAGUUUGCUUCGCUUUGAGCUUGGAGGUACUAUUAUUGUAAAUUUACCAGAUGAUUUUUCAAAGCUCUCAGGCUUAGAGGUGUUAAAAAUGGGAAUUCAUACAGAUUGUGAAGAGUUGGGUUGUAACAAAUUAACAAAGUUACCGGAUUUGUCAAGUCUGAAAAGAUUGAGAGUUUUAGAUAUCAACCAUUGUGUAAACCUAGAGGAAAUUCACGGCCUCGAAAAAUUUGAAUCACUGGAAGAGUUGGAAGCGAGGUGUUGCUACAAAUUAACAGACACAACGAAGCAGACACAUGGACAGGGAAUGUUUCUUCAUAAUUUUGAUGGCCAAGAAGGUGGUGGUGGUGGUGGUAGUGGUGGUCAGGGAAAUAAUUUAAUUGAUGAGAUCCAUCAUUAUGGUUCAGGCAGAGCUGUGCGAGUAAACAUUGUUUUUGAAAUUGAAGCUUCAAUCCGUUGGAGAUCAGGAAAAGAGAAAUCCUGUAUUUGUUCGAUCAGAAUUGAGGAUAUUAAAAUUACUCCUCGAGAUGUAAUCUACAUACACCAUUUCAAUGUCAAUGGGUUUCCGUUUCAAAGCAAAGCGGCUAUCGAGAAAUUCACCAUACAGAGCCUGGAACGAUACGAACAAUCCGGACAAUAUCCUUCUGUGAGUGUCAAAGUGAAAUUCUGGAAGGUGUUGUUCGAAAACAAGGAAUCAGAGCAGCAAAUGCCUAACCAACAAUCCAGUGCUAUGUUGGUUGCAGAUUUCUUCAGAUGGUCAUCAGAUGCUGCUGCUGCUGCUGCUGCUGAUGAUGAUGAUGAUGAGGUGGAGGAAUCACAGGAUGAAGAAGAAGAAGAAUAA